AUGUCGCCUUUGCCAGUCAUAGCGUGCGGCAGCACGAACCCGCAAGUCUUCGACGCUGUCAAACCUCUCUACCUACCCGAGUACGAAAUUAUCCAUAAUGUCACCAGCACCUCCUCCGGCAUCGUUGAGCUCCCACACGUGCUACAAGGACGCAGUCCUCCUAUCCUGGACGAGGAAGAGCCCAACCGCGGGACCGGGGAUUAUUCAAAGCCACCUGUAGCUGUGUUUGCAGGUGCUCUGUACAGCGACUGGGAUGUGAACAAGAUGCGUGAGGCAUGCCAGGGGAUCAGCUCUAUUCCUUGGUUGAAGAUGGAUAUGGAUGUGCCUAAACCCCCGCUGGGACCGGGGUAUGCGGAACAUGUCGUGCAGAGGGUCAAGGCGUGCAUGAAAAGGAUUGAAGCAGAGGGGAUGCUGGGAAAAGAUGGCUUGUGGCUUUAUUGA